AUGAUCUCAAAUGAAAAAGGCCUUAGUUUGGUAUUCUACCUUAUCAUAAUCAUGUUAAUAUUUGGGAUGCCUUUAGCUAUUUAUAAUUAUUUUAAAUAAUACAGAAUCAAAUAAAAGGAAGUUUAGAGACUAUUUUAAAAUUGGUAGUAGUAAUUAGAAAAUUCACAAGACAAAAUUUUUUAUUAUAGACAAUCCUAGUAUGAAUUUGAAUCUAGAAAUCCUGAUAUUGCUGACUAAGAUUUUUGGGAUGCCUUAGAUGUCUUAAGAGAGAGAGCUUGCAUUUUUAAAGGGCAAGAUUAUUGGCUUUCAUAACAAUAUUAAUGA